AGCACACAGCACACUUCCGGCCGGUGUGGACACGUCAUUCAUUGGAGGGAGAGGAAGAGGACUUGUGCAGAAGAAACGGCUUCUUGUGUAUAAUUUUGCGAGCACAGCCAUGUCGAACUCGGUCCUGUCGGUCAUUUCUCGGUUCCUGGAGGAGUACACCACCACGACGCCCAACAAGCUGAAGGUGGUGGACGCCUAUCUGCUGUACAUCAUGCUGACAGGAGCGCUGCAGUUCCUCUACUGCCUGCUCGUCGGCACCUUCCCCUUCAACAGCUUCUUGUCGGGCUUCAUCUCGUGUGUGGGCUCCUUUAUCCUUGCAGUGUGUCUUCGUAUCCAGAUCAACCCACAGAACAAAGGAGACUUCCUGUCUAUCUCACCCGAGAGGGCCUUUGCUGACUUUCUGUUUGCACACACCGUCCUGCAUCUCGUCGUCAUGAACUUCAUUGGCUGAAGCCGACGUGCAUCCCACCCAGUUUACCCCGUCUGCAGAUCAAGAGAAUUUAUCAGAGCUCCCCUUCAAGACGUGAUGCCACAUCUGCCUCUGAUCCGGAGAGUUAAAAGUCCACCACUGACUGUCAAUUGAUUCGCAAAAUUGUCACUCUAUCCAGAUUUUUUUUUUUUUUUUUUUUUUUUACUGAUACUGUUUCUCUUUUUUCUUUUUUUUUAUGACCCAAUUUGUAAAGCAUUCCCUUUUGCACUGACACAAACACAAAUAAAGACAACUGAAGCGAUA